AUGGGACAAGCCGCAUCGAUUACUUUAGCUAAUAAAUCAGAUAUUUUAUAUGACAUUGACGAAUUUUCACAACGAUUCAAGAAGGCAACACUGUCAACGAUGGCAGUUCCAAUGAUCAUUGUGGCAUUUCCUAUAUUGAAUGCAUACAAGUUUAGUGAAUACGAAUAUACUGGAGUUAAAGUAGUCGAUGGCACUAUCGGUGGAUUACUUGGCGUCGUAGGAUGGCCUAUAUCUCCUUUUGUUGCCUUUUGGUCUGCUUAUCAAUCCAUCUUUGUGGAAGAACCUGAUAGAAAGGCCGAAAUAUCAGAAGAUGUCAAGACCAUGGUGAGACGUGCGAUUGGCCUAGAUUGCGAUCGAUUUUAUAAUAUAGCUGUUGUAGGUGCAGCAGGUACGGGCAAGAGUUCGCUCGUCAAUGGAAUUCUCGGGUACCCCGAUAAUGAUCAAUAUGCAGCGGCUAUUCAUGAAGCGGGUGGCCAUACGACCGAGCCAAGAGGAUAUAGACAUCCGGAUCUUCGAAACAUGAUCUUGUGGGAUAUGCCAGGAGCAGGAACACUGGCGAAUAAUGACAAGACGUACUUUGAAGAUAAUUAUCUCUAUGCAUUCGAUUCAUUGAUCAUUGUGACCGCAGAAAGGUACAAAAAGAGGAAAAGAAAAAUGGAGAAACGGGAGUGUAACGUGACUAGGUUACAGGCAAUUGAUUUGGAAAUUGCGGCCAAAGCACAGGAAUAUCACAUUCCUGUCUUGUUUGUGCGAAAUAGAUGUGACCAAUCUCUUCAAUCCAAGAUGAAAAGAUACGAAACUAAAGACAACAAUCUCGCUUGGGCAAGAGCAGUAGGUGAAUUGGUGAGGGAAGUCAGAAAGACUCCUGGAGUGUCCGUGAGUUGGUGA